UCACGGCUGUGGUGUACGGCGAAGAGCAGUGUAGCAAUUCUCUAAGCAGCAAUGCGUACAGACCUGCUAUUGAAGCAGAUUUGUAUUCUGGCAUUGACUAUGGCAAGUUUUGGCAGAAAGCAGGAUACAAGUGGAUUGCCAGGGUCAUCUAUGCCGUCCAGCAAGUCAGAUUGCUUUUCGCUGGGCCAGGACCAGCUCGACAUGAGCCAAAUUUGAACUCAGCAUCCAAAUCAAGUCUAGUCAGAAGACUUCUCGAUGCCGGCGCAUCGACUCAGUAUAUCUGGAGUGAAGCGCGCGACCAUGUCAUUGCAGGCUCAGACACAACGACAACAACGCUCGCCUAUCUGUUCCAUGCACUCGCUACAAGACAAGACCUAGUCCAGAGGCUUCGAGAAGAGCAAGAGCUCCCAAUGGAGGAGCGACCAUUGCUGGACGCAAUCAUCAAGGAGGCGUUGAGGCUAUACUCAGCUAUUCCGAUGACUCUACCUCGUGUCACGAGCAAGGCUCUCGUUAUCGACGGCAUACCUAUCCCCGCUGGUGUCAAGGUUGGAGCAAGUGCCUAUGUCCUUCAUCGCAACCGUAUCUUCGAGAAGCCUGAUGUCUUUGAGCCCACCAGAUGGCUCGCUGCGACGCCUGCCAUGUGCCGACAUUUCUGGCCUUUUAGCAGUGGAAGCCGUGUUUGUAUCGGUCAGCACUUGGCUAUGCUUGAACUCAAGGUGCUUGUCUCUGCUAUGAUCAAGCAGGUUGAUAUGACACUGGCGGGCACAUGUGAUAUGGCGCAGGAGGAGCGUGUCUCGAGCUUUGCCAUGUUACCGCGCGGGAAGAAGCUCAACAUGCAAUUCACGAGAUCUGAUAGAAUGAGUUGAACUCACUGCUUUGGUGUUUGAAUGGCGGUAAUACAGACCAGAAAGCAUUUAACCUUCCUUUCCUUCUCAAUUCAAAGCUGACAAGGCAUUGAAUUUGCACCGAUUAGCUUGGAUGCUUCAGUGGUUGAGAAGGAGCUCGGGACGAGGUAUUUGUAUCGACGAGAGAAGCGACAGAGCAUGGAGGAGACUGGGCAGAGCGAAGGCGGUUGUGAAUGUGUCUGGCACUCCUGGGCAAGAGUUGAGUCUUCUGCGCGCGGGAAGAUUGCUCAAAACGCGACACCAAAUAGUCCACGUACCGUGACAAUCUAGGAGUGGCCCCGUAGGCACGAGCGUAGUCAAGCGCAUGGACUUUCUGCGGGGUGUG